AUGGAGUCCGACCAACAGGUCCAGAUUCUGGACAAAAGUUCUCUCAAGCUUCCUUUGGUUUCUUCUAACCUUUUGCGUCCUUCCCAUUCACCCCGAACUGAUGGGGCAUCGAAAACCCUAGUUCCGCCGACAAUAAUCUCCAACGCUCACACCAGAACGGGAACUUCUACAGCGGUCCCUGAUAGCAAUACAGGCGUUACUCCGACGACGUCUUACGCUCGUGUCACAGCCCCCAAGUCUACGCGACCGAAAGAUAUCCCGGCACAUAAAUUUAAAGCCCUUCAACCGAUACGUCAUGGCAACCAAGGAACUCUGGUCAUUCCUCGUGACCUUCAGCUGUUCCAACUGAACAAGUUCAAACACGCUCUUAUUGGAAGAUUGAUGCUGAAUAAAGGUGAUAAGCCAAGACAAACUCGUGAUCUAAAGGAAGAGUUGCAAGGCCUUUGGAAACCUUCCGCUCCCUGGCACCUCAUGCCUAUGGGUAAAGGAUAUUAUACCUUGAAAUUUCAAUCUCAGGAGGAUAAGGCUGCUGCUAAAGAAAAACUCUUAUGGGAAUUAUCUGUAGGAUCAAUUCGUCUACGUGACUGGGUCCGUUACUUCGACCCAUACAAAGAAUCUUCCUCAAUCGCUCAAAUCUGGGUAAGAAUUUAUUAUUUACCUGUUGAGCUUUGGCAUCCUGAAGUGAUAUCAGGCAUUGGAAGAUGGUUAGGGCAACCUCUCAAAAUUGAUGGCAUCUCCAUGACAGAGGACGUUGGAAGCUACGUGCGCAUGCUUGUUGAAGUCGAUUUGGCCCAACCUUUGCCGGAGACAAUGAGCAUUGAUGGGGGUGAUUAUUCUUUCCCGGUGGAAUUUUGUUAUGAAUCUAUUCCUUUGUUUUGCACUCGUUGCAAGAUUACAGGUCACUCGGUGGAUAAAUGUCGAAGGGGCGCUAAAUCCAAACCCUCGGAUGUGGUGGAGAAGCCUAUGGUCAAGGAUCCGCAGUGGAAAACCGUUAAUAAGACGGGAGGAAAGCAGGUACAGGAGAAUAGACUCUCUGCUCUUGUCAAUGUGAUUAACAUGGAGGGAGAGCUUAAUGCAAUGGAAGAGCAGCAUAAUAUGCAACAGCAGGUCUCUGAGGAAGAGGAAACAGUGAAUAAAACGGGAGGUAUGCAUGUCCAGGAGAACAGAUUUUCUGCUCUGAUCGAUGUGAACAACAUGGAGGGGGAGCACACUUCAAUGGAAGAACAGCAUGGUAUGCAACAGCAGACCUCUGAGGAAAAGGAAAUUGACGCUCCUGAUAAGUAG